GAUUAUAUUAUCAGUCAGCAGCAGACAUGAAUGCUGCCAUAUUUCUAACGAAAUUUGUCUCCAAGCUACAAAUUCCUCAUCCUUUUUAUGAAACUCAGUUUUUGCAAUUUCCUAUUCACAUUACAGCUGAUAUUUGCAAGAGAAAGAAAGAGAGCCAUACCUCAUGUCUAGCCAACCAAGGAGACCUUCAAGGAACAAAGAUGAUGAGCUCGAUCGGCUUCUUUCGAAAUUACAAGCACUGCUACCACCUUCAACUUCUAGCGCCAAUAAAACAAGGGUGCCAGCAUCAAAGAUUAUUCAAGAGACAUGCUAUUACAUAAAGAGCUUGAGAAGAGAAGGGGACAACCUAGGAGAAAGACUAUCUCAAAUAUUGGAUUCUAUGGAAAACAAUGGUGUUGAUGUGAACAUCCUCCGAGAUCUUCUGCAACAAUAAUCUUCCCUCCGUGUGUGGAGGUCAUAAAGUCAAGCAUAUGCAUACUGUAAACCAAACAAACCCAGUAAAUCCCACAAGGUGAAAAGGGGAGGGAAGAAACAAACAUAUGCAUAUCAUAUAUGUCUUACCUCUACCAUGAAGGGUGGAGAGAGACUGUUUUUGUGAAGACCCCCCAACUCGCAAAAAACAAACAUAUGCAUAUUGUAUCUGUCUUAUUAUCUUCUUGUAUCAAUCAGACAUGUAU